AGGACCGGCGCGACUGGUUCAAGUGAUGCUACCGUUGGUGCGGCGCGCGCGUGGCCGCGUGGUCCUGGCCUCCUCUAUCCUGACGCACGUGGCAGCGCCUGUGCGCGGCGUGCAUGCUGCCUCGAUGGCCGCGCUUGACGCCCUCGCCGCCUGCCUACGACGCGAACUCAAACCGCGAGGCGUUGAUGUUGUGGUUGUCGCGGCGGGAGAGUAUACGACCGGCAGCGCUUGGCUGUCCGAGGAGAAACUUCUGGAGCAAGCGCGUGACAUGUGGAAGAGACUUAGUGACGAACAAAAGGGCGCGUACGGUGAAGAUUAUUUCGAACAAGCUCUUCGUAGUCUCGAAAAGUACACUAAAAGUGCGGACGGUGACCUGACUGCAGUGACUCGGUCUCUGAGCGACGGCGUGACCCGCACAUUCCCUCUGGCGCGCUACACGCCGGUCUCGCCGCGGGAAAAGCUCAAGUCCUUAUUGGCCGAGCAUCUACCUCGAUCCCUGUAUGAAGGACUCUACUCGGAUUAAACGAAUAAACGGUUACGAAUUAAUUUUUUUUGCGUUAAAAUCAAUCUAAAAAACUUGAAAAACAUUGUAAGGUUAGGUUUGCAUUCGGAAAUCCAAGUAAAACAUUAUGAUUAAUGUAAUAAUACAAAUUCGUAUAUGCAACAAAGUUACGAAUCGUGAUGGUAUAAAUAGGCUUUACAGUAAUAAUCUGCCGAAGAAUAUGAACCCAAUGCCACCUAACACUACGAAUUGAUUUUAACUGUUAUGCCUUAGG